AUGUUCGGCCGCCGGGUCGAGAGGCAGCGAGUCAUCAACGUAUUGAUGCAGGACGGCCACCCGCCACCCGGGGCUCCGACCGUGCUGCCCAUCAUCGGCCGUCGCAGAGUGGGCAAGAAGACGCUGGUGUGGAGCGUCUGCUCCGACGACCGGAUCCGCUCUCGCUUCCCUUCCAUCCUCCACGUCGACGGAUGCGAGAUUCAGAGGAUCGACCGUCGCAGGUUUGCUACUACUGUGAGGACUUUGAUCGUCGUUGAGGUCCGGUCGGACGUCGAUGACAGGGAGUGGCACGAGUUCCUCUCGCUGCUCCAAACUGUCACCGGCGCAGGGAGCAAGGUGGUGAUCCUAAGCCGGCUCGAGAGGCUAGCGAGGUUUGGAACCGUGAACCUCGUCCGGAUCAACAGCUUCUCACGAGAGGAAUACGGCUACCUUUUCAAGGUCCUCGCGUUCGGGAGCUCCGACCCGGCGGACCACCCGCGGCUGGCGCUGAUAGGGAAGGAGCUAGCGACGAUGAUGGAGGGGUCCCUCGUGCACCUCAACGUCUACUCGAGCGUGCUGAGGAACAACCUGAACGUUCAGUUCUGGAGCCGCGCUCUGAAGCUGUACCGAACGGUGAUGGAGGCUAACCUGUCCGUCUUCGGUGACCGCCCGAGGGCUCUUCUUGACAGAGGCAGCACCGUUGAUAUCACCAGGUUCUCGGCGGCGGCGGCGGCGGCUACCCCGCUUCGAUUUGUGCUGCUGAUCGGUGGAAGGGGCUCUUCCGGGCCAGGUGAGCUCCCCAGGAUGACAUUUGGAGAUAUAAUAGCGGGCUCUGUUGUUCUGCCGAUGAAGUUUGAGCUGGUGUGGGAAUCUCGGUUGCCCCCUUACACUGUUAUCUCCGGCACUUGUGUCGCAGAGGAGCCUCGACACUCGGUUUCACCCACAAGGAAACGUCGUAGAUGA